AUGGCGGUCUAUUAUAUAAUGAAUUGCACGAUAAUUAUCAAUCUGAAUAGAUGUCGCUUUAGAAUUGAACGUGAUUGGCUGAAAAUAUAUUUAGAAGACUGUGAAUCCAGUUGUUGUUUUUUUCGCCCAAAACCGAAUAUAAUUACUAAAAUGAAAUUAAGUAUUGUUCGAUUCAGUGGUGGUGAAGCUGAAGUUCCAGCACAUAUCCGUGCAAAAAUGGCAACAAGUUGUUCUUGCUGUGAUUGGUGGUUGGGUGCUUUUCGGCUACACAAUGUCUAA